UCGCCGGGACACGGUGCGGGUGCGGCUUCCCGGGUCCACGGCAGCGGUCUCUACACCCGCGGCGGCAACAUCUACGCUCUUACGUCCGCCGAUGUGCGUCCAGUGAUCGGGACAGCAAGGCCCGCGCGCGGCGGGGCGGCGGCAGGCGCCUGGUCACCGUGACCCCAAUUUUGGAUUUACCGCUCGGGGGGUGGGGGGAGUCUGGAUUUAACUGGCGACUGUUUUGGGGGACGCCGGACGCCAUGUUGUGGAAAAUAACCGAUAAUGUCAAGUACGAAGAGGACUGCGAGGAUCGCCACGAUGCGAGUAGCAACGGGAACCCGCGCAUCCCCCACCUCUCCUCGGCCGGGCAGCAUCUUUACAGCUCCGCACCGCCGCUGUCCCACACUGGAGUCGCCGAAUACCAGCCGCCACCCUACUUUCCACCGCCCUACCAGCAGCUGGCUUACUCUCAGUCGGCAGAUCCCUACUCGCAUCUGGGCGAAGCCUACGCUGCGGCCAUCAACCCCCUGCACCAGCCUGCAGCCGCCGGCAACCAACAGCAGGCCUGGCCCGGCCGCCAGAGCCAGGAGGGCGCCGCCCUGCCUUCGCACCACGCGCGCCCGGCCAGCCUGCUCCCCCACCUCUCCGGGCUGGAGGGAGGUGCCGUGGGCGCCCGCAGGGAUGCCUACCGCCGCUCGGACCUGCUGUUGCCCCACGCACACGCCUUGGACGCCGCGGGGCUGGCGGAGAACCUGGGGCUCCACGACAUGGCUCACCAGAUGGAAGAGGUGCAGAACGUUGACGACCCACACUUGCUUGGGCCCGAUCAGACUGUAAUCCGCAAAGGUCCCAUUUCCAUGACGAAGAACCCCCUAGGUCUCCCCUGUCAGAAGGAGCUGGUGGGAGCCGUGAUGAAUCCCAGUGAAGUCUUCUGCUCGGUUCCAGGAAGACUGUCCCUCCUCAGCUCCACGUCCAAAUACAAAGUGACGGUGGCUGAAGUGCAGAGGCGGUUGUCACCGCCUGAAUGUUUAAAUGCCUCGCUGCUGGGAGGUGUUCUCAGAAGAGCCAAGUCCAAAAAUGGAGGCCGAUCUUUGCGGGAGAAGUUGGACAAGAUUGGGCUGAAUCUUCCCGCUGGGAGACGGAAAGCUGCUCAUGUGACCCUCUUGACAUCCUUGGUGGAAGGUGAAGCUGUUCACUUGGCCCGGGACUUUGCGUACGUCUGUGAAGCCGAGUUUCCUAGUAAGCCAGUGGCCGAAUAUUUAACCAGGCCUCACCUGGGAGGGCGGAAUGAGAUGGCGACGAGGAAGAAUACGCUGCUGGCAGCUCAGCAAGUGUGUAAAGAAUUCACGGACCUCCUCAAUCAGGAC